AGGGGCGUCAGGGGCACGCUGCAAUUCCAACGGCACAAUGCAACUCGAUCUGAUAGACCAAAAUAAAGCAGGGUAUUUAAAUGAAUCGACAGCCCACCUGAUGUAGGUCCCCAGUCGUCGUCUCAUCGAUCCGUGAUCACCGUCGAGCCUCAUCGUCAAAAUGCGUGCCCAACUCCUUAUCUCCGCUCUUCCCAUUCUAGGGGCGCAAGGCAUACGCAUCCUUCAAUCGAACGAUGACGGCUGGGCCGAGCUCUACAUCCGUUCGCUUAACGAUGCGCUCAACGCCGCUGGUCACGAUGUCGUCCUUUCCGCGCCGGCUGAGAACAAGUCCGGCUCCGGAUCAACCGACAUAGAGCCCUCCGCGCGCACCAGCGCCUGCGAAUACAACAGCUGCCCAGCGAAUAGCGGGCCCAUCGGCACCAACGCCACCAACACGCGGCUGAACUGGGUGAACUCGUUCCCCGUGACCUCAGCGCGGUACGGCAUCGACACCAUCGGGCCCCCCUUCUGGAACGGCGCCGCGCCGGAGCUCGUCGUGUCCGGGCCUAACGUCGGCGGCAACCUGUGGCUGCAAGUCCCGUUCUCGGGCACCGUCGGCGUCGCCGUGUUCGCCAGCAAGGAGCGCGGGAUCCCGGCUCUCGCGUUUUCGGGAGCGGACGACACCAGAAACGCGUGGAAUGUGACGCCUGUACCCGCGAGCAGCACCGUGUACGCGCAGCUCGCGACGCAGCUCACCGACGCCGUGAUCAAGUCCGGCACGCCGUACCUACCCGACGACACCUUCCUCAAUGUGAACUUCCCCAGCGUGUCGGGCGAUUGCACAGACCCGACUAAGUUCAAGUGGGUGCUCAGCCGCAUCAACCCGGGGAUCUUGUCCGAUAAGGACGUCGUGACCUGCGGCACGGACAGGCUGCCUACCGAGACGAGCGUUAUUGAUGCCGGGUCGUGCCAGAUCUCGGUUAGUGUCGGAGAUUCUAAUGAUAAGACGACUGCGGCGGCGGAUAAGCAGGCUGUUGUGCUGCAGAAGUUGGGGAGUAUGUUGACUUGUAUUGAAUCGUAGGACGGCAUGUAGGGCUGUGGGAGUGUUGGGUAAUGGACUUCUCGUGUAUAUUUCAGGAUAGGAAAACUACAUAUGACCAUUAAUAGUUAGUUAUGUACGAUGAUGAUCGAAUUAAACAUUGCUCUUGCG